AUGUGUAAGCGAUUUGAAGAUGGAUUAAACAAGGAUAUAAAGCUUUUAGUUGGGAUCCUUGAGUUGAAAGAAUUCGUUGUUUUAGUUGACAGAUCACAUAAAGCCGAGGAGCUGAGUAAAGAGAAAAGACACGCUGAAUUUGAAAUUAGAGAUUCGAGUAAGAGAUUGACGGGAAAUUCAUACCAGUUAGCAUCGAAGAAAUCAAAAGAACAUCACUAUCGUUCUACUACUUCUGUGGGAUAUUCUAGUUAUGGUGAGUGUCGAGUGAAGAGCGGAGCGUGCUUCAAGUGUGGUUCUUUAGACCACUAUCUUAGAGAUUUCCCAAAGAAAUCUGAGAAAGAGAAAGCUCAGACCAUGAGACCGAGCAAUACUGCUACGAGAGGUAGAUCACCUCGUAAUCCCAAAAAUGUGAGUGGUAGUUGUGGCGUGGAAAAAGACUCUGCUAUGAGAUCCAAGGAACGAAAACUAGCUAGGGCUUAUGUUACUCGUGCUCGCGAGGAUACUUUUACUCUAGAUGUUAUUACCGGUACUUUCUCUAUUUAUGAUACUGAUGUAAUUGCUUUGAUAGAUCCAGGAUCAACCUAUUCAUAUGUUUGCACGAAUUUAGUAUCUAGUAAAAAUUUAGCUAUUGAGUCCACUGAAUUCGUGGUUAAAGUGUCAAACCCCCUAGGCCAGUAUGUGCUAGCUGAUAAAGUCUGCAAGAAUUGUCCUUUGAUGACUUGGGGUUACAGUUUUUUCUGGCUGAUUUGA